GGCUUUAAUACCAGUUCACCAUGAAGUUCUAUCUUGGUCUAGUCGCUGUGCUUUGCUUUUGCGCCACCAAAUCGAUGGCAGAUAAUGGCAAACAAAUAAGCUCGGCAAACAUGUCGAGCUAUACAUUUAUUAAAAAAUUGACGGAUGUUACCAAAAUGAAGUGCUACCUAUAUUGGAUGUCCAGACUUGUCAAGAAUUCAGGAAAUAUAGUUUCUGAGCUGACAAAAUGUGUCAAACAAUUUGGCGACAAAGCAAUGCGCGUAGUGGCCGCCUUCAAAGAGCUUGUCGCAGUAAUCAGGCGCAUUUUUGAGGCCUGUACGGGUAUAAUCGUGGAUAAAGUCGUCGGUGGAGCAGCUUGUUUGAAAGCAUUUACCCUAAAUUCUUUCUCUUUGUUUAGAGCAUUGAAAAAGUUCCACGACGAGGUUAACAGUGAACCACAAAGUAAAACCGCGUGCGCGAAGAAGGCGCUUAAAGAAUAUUUUGAAGCUUCCAGUGUUUACGAAGUCAUCGAUAGCUGUAUAUAUCCGGGUAAUACAACAAAUACUAAAGCUGAUGUGACUUCCAAACCUACUGAUCGGCCAUUCUACAAAAAAAUAUUACCUUUUAUUUGACUAAACAAUGCAUUCGAGGCUACCUGAUGAGAGCUGUCAUUAAAAGAAUGCAUAAAGUAAAUAUACAUA